AUGAAAAUAUUUGAUCAUACUAAUUGGCCAAAUAGCAAAGAAGAACUUGUAAAAUAUGAUGAAAAAGAAUUAAAUCAUCUAGCAGAAUUUUAUGGAAAGAAACAAAUUAUUGGAGUUAAUAAUAUUUGUGAAGAAUGGUUUAGGUACAAAGUGAUAAUAUAUGCUAAUUUUAGAAAUAUAAAAAUUGAAUCAUUAAUGCUAAGAUUAUUUGAAUUUUAUUAUGAUACUUUUCCAAAUAAUAUUAAAUUAUUAGGCAUUAUAUAUUCUAUUCCAUUUUCUUCAGUAGAAUGUGAGCAUGGAUUUUCAAAGCAGAAUUUGAUAAAAACUAUUUCUUAA